ACAAAACUUGUCCAAUUCAGCAUACCAUAGAAAGAGAGAGUGUGGCAAUGUAAUCGAGCUAGUCAAGCAUGGUUUUUUAGCUCACCUCAUUUUCUCAAAACAGAUCUAAAAGAAUUUGAAUUCCAUUGAAGAGUUAUCUUCUCUUUCAAAUUCAAACAAAUAUGGAACCAUCCAUGUGGAGCACCGAAGGCAUGUCGACUUACUGGAGCCAAAUUUCGGAGACAUGUUACCAAGGACAUGAAACAACUUCUCGAGGCCCAUCAAAUGAUCAUGGAACCCAAAAUUGGACACAAAAUGAAGUCCUAAUUCCAGUGCCAAAACAUGUUCAAGGAAGCCAAUUUCCAUCAAACUUAAUAGGAUGGGACGAAGUACCUCAACAAAGUAUCACAAAAAGUCCCACACAAACUUGGGUGGUUGCCUCCAAGAAAGUUGAGUUCGAAGUUAAAGAACCGAUUAAGCAAAAACGAUAUCGUAAACGGAAUUUAAAGAAAAUCACCUCUGUGUAUCGAGGAGUUACAAAGUCUAAGGGAAAGGGACUUUUCGAAUCCUUUGUGUGGGAUAAGGACCCGAAAACAACUGGAAAGAAAGGAAAGACAGUUUAUAUUGGUGGAUUUAAAAAUGAACUAGAAGCAGCAAGAGCUCACGAUUUGAUUGCCAUAAAGAUAUGGGGCAAGUUUGCAUAUACAAAUUUUCCAGAGAGUUGUUAUUCGAAGGAAAUCUUAGAAACACAAAGUAUGAGCGUAAGAGAAUGUAUUCUUGCAAUCAGAAGGCGUAGCAAGAAUAAUUCAACAGCUAAGUUUGAUGGAUGCAACAUCUCAAGUUCUUUUGCUAGAGCUUCAGUUGGAGUGGAGGAAAAUAAUGCAAUUGGUGAUGCAUUGCCAAACCUGGACACCACAAAGCAGUCCUUGAUACAAGAGAUUGGCCAAAAAUCUCAAACACCAACAACUUUACAAAACCAACAUGGGAUUAUUGAUGAGAACCAAUUUAUGUAUGAUGAUCAAUACUUAUGGUCAGAUCUUGCAUUUCAAAAUGACCCAAGUUUCCAAAUUGAUGCUAGUUUUCCUCUAUGGUCAUAUGAUUUUGGCAAUACACUAGUUGAAGAUCGUGCAAGUGCUUUAGGAAAUGCCCUCAAUUGGAAGAUUUCAAUGUUUGAGAAGGGUAAUGAAAAUCCAACAAAAGCAGGAAAUGAUGGUAUUAGUUCAUUUGGGUCAAGUUCUAUAGGGUUCCAUCCAAUGGGAUCAAAUAUUCAGCAUUUUAAAGCACCAAACCUACAAAUUGCACCUGUCCAAAGGUAUGAACCUCUCCAAUAUGGAUUUGCAACAAACAGUACUCAUUCCUGAAGUGAGAAUAUGACUUUUGACAAUUAUUUGGAUAUAAACCAAUGUCUCAAUCUCAACGAUCCUAACAUGGAUGAUUAGGAAACUACUAAUGAUUAAAGCCCUUUUAUAUAUGUUUUUUUGAAGGACCUUUUUAUAUAUGUCAUUGAAUAUUCUAUUAU